UCGAGAGGGUUACACCCCACUGGCCAAGGAGUCCUGGGGGGCCGCUUCCCGGACCUGCCUCUCCGAGCACGGGACAUUCUCCUGAGUCACCGUUCUGGGGGCGAAGCCUCCCCCCUUGCAGAGGACUUCAUUUCACUGGAACUCGCUGAAGGGGGCUGGAGCCAGGUUUGGUUAGCUGUUGGGCAAUACUGGUUUUGCCCAAAAGGGAGUGAAAUGAACAUAAUGUCAUGAUGCUGACUUUGCUGCGGGACUUGGUAAAGAUGGUUCGGAAGCUAUUUUUGAAGAAGGAAAGAUUUCAGUCUGGGUUUGCUUUGGCUCCAAAGAGGAGGUCCUUGAGGAGAACCACCAGCCUCUGCUGCCCUCACGCCGUCUGCCCGGCGCCUCGGACUCUGGGCUGGGCCGUCGCGUGCCCCGCCCCCACUGAUACCAUCCGCCGGUACCGGCCGCAUCCCAGUCCCAUCCCUUCCGAUCCAGGGCUCGCCAGGAAGAUGGGCUCCCGUGGGCUGGGACUCACGCUGACAUGCUGUCUGCUGCUGGCCUUCGCCAGCGGCCCGGUGCUGGGCCGUGUGCCCCGGGGGCAGGAGGGGACCGAGGAGCCGCCGCUGGACCGCACUGAGAGGGCUGAAGAAAAGCGUGAGACGUACAGCCCCCGUCAGGGCGAGGAGCCCCCUGCCUCCCGGUGCUUCCGCUGCUGUGACCCUGGCACUCCCGUGUACCAGGCCAUCCCAGUGCCACAGAUCAACAUCACCAUACUGAAAGGCGAGAAGGGCGACCGCGGCGACCGGGGCCUGCAGGGCAAGUACGGCAAGACAGGCUCGGCAGGCGCCAGGGGCCACACGGGGCCCAAGGGGCAGAAGGGGUCCAUGGGGGCCCCCGGGGACCGGUGCAAGAACCACUACGCCGCCUUCUCGGUGGGCCGGAAGAAGCCGCUGCACAGCAACGACUACUACCAGACGGUGGUCUUCGACACGGAGUUCGUGAACCUCUACGGCCACUUCAACAUGUUCACCGGGAAGUUCUACUGCUACGUGCCCGGCGUCUACUUCUUCAGCCUCAACGUGCACACCUGGAACCAGAAGGAGACGUACCUGCACAUCAUGAAGAACGCGGAGGAGGUGGUGAUCCUGUACGCGCAGGUGAGCGACCGCAGCAUCAUGCAGAGCCAGAGCCUGAUGCUGGAGCUGCGGGACCAGGACGAGGUGUGGGUGCGCCUCUUCAAGGGCGAGCGCGAGAACGCCAUCUUCAGCGACGAGUUCGACACCUACAUCACCUUCAGCGGCUACCUGGUCAAGCCCGCCACCGAGCCCUAGCCGCCCGCUCGCCCCCCGCCCCGCCCCGCCCGCCCGCCUGGCGCCCCCUCCCGCGGUCCAGCACCGGCCGCCCCUGGGCCGCCCCUGCCCCCGGCCAGUCUUCCCGCCCCGCCCCCCAACAUCCCCAGCUCUGGCAUCCACACGACACCCUCGCAGGCCCUGUGGUCACCGGCCUCCCGUGACUGCAGAAGAACUCAGCCGGUGGGGCUCGCGGGAGCCCCUCUCUGUGUGCGUGUCCUCGAGUGACCCUUCGCCCCGCACGCGCCAGGGUGUCCCAGAAGAAACCGCCCUUGCUCCUGUGGCGGAAUAUUCCAAAGGUUGUGAAGGGAGCGAAGUAAGCCACGGAAAAGAAGCAAGGCAUAUUGUUAUGUUUGCCUUUCUGCCAGCCCCGCUGGCUCCAGGAGGGCUGCAGCCGCUUGAGGCUGCAGGAGACUCCUUGGAGGAGAAGCUCUAAAGUGGAUGCCGAGGGUGACAGGGGAAGGGGGCCGGGGUGGCGUGGGGGAGGGGACCAGGAAAUCACACCUGGCUUAAUACUUUAGGCCAUGGAUGAACCUUCUGGGGGGACGGCUGGCUGCCAUCCAUGUCCUGGGGACAUCCCCGUGGCCUUGAACGAGGGCUCAGCUAGUCUUUUGAGCCACGACAGUGAGGGGGUUUGGGCUGGGCAGCAAGUGUCACUCCCCAGAGGGUCAGCCAAGCCCUCGGCUGUGGUCUCUGGGUUGGGAGAAGCACCCCGCUUGAUGGAACCUUGAGGCUCCUGGCAGCAGCUGGGGACCCCAGGGGCCCCAGACCUGCAGGCAGUUCUAUGAGGAGCAAAGCUCAGUCCAGCCAAGCAGAGGCGUGCAUCCUGGCAAGGCCCUGCUCCUGCCCCCCGUGGUGCUGUUUCAUUCCGUUCAUGUCCUGGGCAGGGGCUCCCCGCCUGUCACCCUGGCCCUGGCUUUCUGGCCCUCCUCGCAGGCGGAUCAGCCGUGGAAGGCACCAGUGCCUCUGAUUUGUAGCAGUGUCAUGGUCGUAGAACGUUUUCUAGAAAACCUGGCACACCAUCUCAGAGUCACACUUCCCAGAGGAAAGGCCCCCAGUACCCCUACGCCGGGGGCCUCUCUGACAGGCAGCCUCAGACGAUGCAGGAGGGGCUUUUCCAGAGCAGGGGAGGGCUGGAAGGGCCCCCCGCCUGUCCCUGGAGCUCCGGUGUGGCUCAGCCUCUGCGAGAGGAGAGAGGGCGUGUUGUAACCACUGAGGUCAGAAGCCCCACUCUGAGGGGGCCGUGGGGCACCCAGAGCGGGGCGCUGCCUGGCCCGGUGCUCUGGCCUGGCGGCCCUUCCCCACUUCUCUCUGCUGACGCCCAGGGCCCUCAGCCCUGCAGAAGGCUCCCUUCCCGCUGGUCAGGCCUGGUGAGCCCUGGUCUUGACCGAGCCCUCCGCCUGCCCUGGGCCUGGUCACGGGGUCUGGAGUCCGCACAUCCCUUACUCUGAAGGACUUCUGCUGGUCAGACUUUACAAACUGUGUUUCCGAGGGUGAGCUGGUGAGCAGGGCGCCCACCGCUGCUUUGUGCUGCCCCCACGCUUUUUCAGAAAACAUUAAACUUGGACUUGUGUGUUUCAGCA